CGGUAAGGUUCGCUACGCUUGCCCGCACCACAUCAACAUUCCUUCUCUCAAGUCAAUACACGCCCCAAAGCCUGAUCGGAGAGCAGCGUCACUCCGACUGAAAAACCAAAACUCGGCAGCGACUCAGGAUAUAAAAAAAAAACCCUCAAUCGGUGGAGAUGAUCGUCUGCGUCGCCGUCGUCGGCCAUCAGAACAAUCCCCUGUACAUCCAGAGCUUCACGGAGGCCGACGAUGCGCUGAAGCUCCAUCACAUCGUCCACUGCUCCCUCGACGUCGUCGAUGAGCGAGUGAAUAACCCGAAGAAAUCGGGGCCGACUCUGAACGAAACGUUUCUAGGAUUGCUGUAUCCAACUGAGAAUUACAAAGUGUAUGGAUAUCUGACUAACACAAAGGUGAAGUUCAUCUUGGUGACGACGGAUUUAGACGUCAGAGAUGUGGAUGUGAGAAAUUUUUUCCGGAGGUUCCAUGCUGCAUAUGUCGACGCAGUCUCAAACCCCUUCCACGUACCGGGUAAAAAGAUCACAUCGAGGACUUUCGCAGAGAGAGUUAGCAACAUUGUCAAGUCAUUUGGUCUGAGCUCAACUGGUUGAUUGUAUAUUCAGGAAGCUUUGAUGAAACAAGUUGACACUUAAGUGUAAUCUUGCUCCUUCAUUUCGUUGUCCUGGAUUUUGCUACAAUGUUUGAAAUCUGAAUUUUUGUACCAAAGAAAUAGUUGAUAUAUGAUAUGGAGCAACUUCAUGACAUUGUUUUUACUUUUUACCCUUUGGCAUCGUCAAAACAAAGUCCAAAACUCUCGGUGUAGUACAAGUAAAUAUCUCACUGAUUUGCAAACUGGAACGGAUAAUGAUGCUCGAAAUCUGAAAAUUUCGUACAAAGAGAUAGUUGAUAAUGAUAUGGAGAAGGUAAAACCAAAUUCCAAAGAGCAGGUGAUUCUGUCUGUGCACCUGCUAGUACAAGAAAUUAAUGGAACUGAGAAAAUGGACCUAAGAUCCCUCCUAAUUCUUAAAACUCAUCAUCAUCCUCCUCAGCAAUGUGCUUGGCGAGCUCCUGCUCCUGCUGCUGUCUCUCCCUCCUUUUCUCAGCAAUCUCCUUCUCCUUGUGGGAGUUGGGAGGGAAGCGGAGUGCACGGACAGCUUCGUUGUGCAUGUUGAGGCAGAAGGCAAUCCUCGAGUUGAAUGCCAUCUGUGGCUCGUUUGUUGAGUAAAUGUCCCCCGUCUCCUUCGACACCAUCCACCCCUUAGCGUGAUCGAUCGUCGCAUCAAUUGCUCCAUCUCGGAUUGCCUUGGAGACGAUGCUCUCUGCAUCAGCCACAGGGUUUGGGGAGUCAAGCCUCAGCUUCUUGGCAACGUCAGUUAACGAGAUGCGAGAGUAGGAGAUGCUGAUGUUCCUGAGCCCAGUUCUGAUGACGUUGUGGCGCAGCCUGACAAUCAGGUUUUGGGUCCUGUCCAAGCUGAAGGUCUCUGAGAACUUCUCUGCCACAGAUUUGAAGAGCUCCAAGUCCCCUAUUCUGACAGCCUUUGUCAACUCAAAGUAAGGCCUCAAAGCAGUCUCCAUGCCUUUCUGCAUAAAGACGGUCCUUUCAGGGAUUUCUCCUAGCAGCAAUCUGACAAUGACAGCCCAUUUAGUGCACUGAAUGCGGAAGCAAAGGGCUGCAAUGGGGGCUUUCCGAGCAGCUUGUAGGAGGGACUCCUUGGCAUCUGUGUAUUCCAACUGAAUCGUCCUAAUCUUCCCCAGGUAAAAUAGGUACCUACAGAACUGCCAUAGAGAAGAAGGGCUGAAGUGAGAAUGGUAGAACAAACAUGGAGGAACCCACAUUUCUGACAUCUCUAUCAUGAAAACGCAUCCUGGAGUCCCCGUUCACUCAUGUUGCAACAAAAUUUCAGUAGACAUUAUUCACUAAUUUAAUCAAUAAAAAGGCGUAGAAGUAUAUAAUUCAUUCUGUUUACAAUAUGAAAACUAUACUAGUAGCAUUCUAUAUCAAGCAAAUCUCUGUGCAGUUGCUCGUAUCAUUCCUUCAUGUUAUUUUACCAACAAUUCAAAAACACAGCUUCCACUGGUUUCAUAAAUUAGUGGAAGUCCGGUUUGAUGAUUGCAUUGAUUGAGAAGAAGGCUGAGGCCUUGAGUAUUGCUGGUUACGUAAAGAUUAGAAGUAUCAAGAGUGU